AUUUCCCUGCUCUGUCCAUCCUCUCCCAACUCCAAACAUGGAGAAGAUAACGAGUUCUGUGUAUUGCUCUGUUCCAAACUCUCUCUCUCUCUCUCUCUCCAACCCCGAAAGCUCCAGACUUUCUCUCUCUAAAAUCUAACCCCUGAAAUAUUGUAAAAUUACAACAGAGUCCCAACAUGUCCGCCAUUCCUCUCUCCAAAUUCAUCACCUUCUCCUCCAUUUCUUCCUCAAGUUUCCCAAAGUAUCCAACUCCGUACCCUUCAAUUUCACCCAAAUUCCCACCGUAUCCCCUCACUCACUCUUCCAGAAAGCUCUCGGUCCCGGUGUUUUCCAAGCCCUCCGAGGCGGAGGAAGAAGAGGAGCUGUCGUCGGCGCCCGAGGAUGAGUGGCUGAAGAAGCUGCCGGACAAGAAGAAGCCACUGUACGCCCACAGCCUCCCCUGCAUCGAGGCCUGGCUGAGGAACUUGGGGUUUUACCAGAGCAAAGAGGACCGGGCGGAUUGGCUGGUAGAGAAGCCCGAGUGGCACGCGCAGCUCUCCCUCGACGUCACCGAUUUGUAUGUGAGGUAUCUAAAGACCGGACCAGGAAACCUUGAAAAGGAUGUGGAGAGGAGAUUUAGUUAUGCACUGAGCAGAGAGGACAUUGAGAAUGCAGUGCUUGGAGGGUCAUAAGGAGCAUGUAGUUUGCUCUUCUGGAUUUAUUGACCUCCCCAAAGGCACCGAAUACUUAAUUGGUUGAUGGACUUCUGUGGAUAGGUUACUUCCGAGGGUUACCAAAGUAAUUAUCAGCCUAUCUACACCAGGACUUUGAAGCAAAUAAUAGGCUGUGUUAUUUGUAACUUUAGGUACGUCACAAGAGCCUCUGUGAUCGGAAUCGUUAUUUUCAGGUUAGAGCUGGUACUAUAGGGAGGUGGUGAUUCUUGCAAAUGCUUUAGACGAUUUCAGAUCGAAUGUAUACUUCUUUUCGUGAUAAAAUCGAAUGUAUACUUCU